AUGACAACAUUUGUAUGUCGAAGAUGGUUCCAAUUCUGCUCCAGACAGUACAAUAGGACAUCGAACAAACUAUACAAGGAGACAUUACGUAGUGUUUCUACCAAGCCCAGCAUACCUCAUGUGUGCAUUGUUGGCAGUGGACCUGCAGGAUUCUAUACUGCACAGCAACUAUUGAAGCAUCACAAGACUGUUCAUGUUGAUAUAUAUGACAAACUACCUGUACCAUUUGGUCUUGUAAGAUUUGGGGUGGCACCUGAUCAUCCAGAAGUUAAGAAUUGUAUUAACCAGUUUACAAAAACAGCUAAGAAUGAUCGGUUUGCCUUUAUUGGUAACGUGACAGUUGGUAAAGAUAUCACCGUUAAAAAAUUGAAAAAAUCCUAUGAUGCUAUCAUUAUGUGCUAUGGUGCUGAUGAUGACAGGAUACUGGGUAUUCCAGGGGAGAAUCUCCAUGGUGUACUCUCAGCUAGGUCUUUUGUAGGAUGGUAUAAUGGCUUACCAGAAGACAGAAAUUUAGAUGUGAAUCUAAAUUGUGACACAGCGGUUGUGAUUGGUCAUGGUAAUGUAGCUAUAGAUGUCUGUAGAAUACUUUUAACACCAGUUAGUAUACUCAAAAGAACAGAUAUUACCCAGCAUUCCUUAGAAGUAUUGGAAAACAGUCAAAUAAAAAGAGUUUAUAUGGUUGGCAGGAGAGGGCCAUUACAGGUGGCAUUUACCAUCAAAGAAAUAAGAGAAAUGACCAAACUUCCAGGCUGUAGAUCAGUACUAGAUCCACAUCUUUUUAAAAAUCUCUCCGAACAAGUUUCAGGUCUGCCAAGGCCAAGAAAAAGACUGACUGAACUCAUGAUAAAAACUGCCUUGGACACCCCCUCAGAAGCUGAAGUUGAUGCGGAAUGGAGAGUCAAGUUUCUACGAAGUCCAAUUGAAAUUAUACCAUCUAAUGAUGGUAAGCAGGUUGCUGGUAUUAAAUUAAGAGUUAACAGAUUAGAGGGUACUGGAGAAUCAGCCAAAGCAAUACCAACGGAUGAAGUGGAAGAAAUCCCAUGUGGUAUGGUACUCCGCAGUAUUGGUUAUAAAAGUAUACCAAUAGAUGAUAGUGUGCCGUUUGAUAAUAACCAAGGAAUUAUACCAAAUAUAGGGGGUAGGGUCACAGGAAUGAAAGGUAUUUACUGCAGUGGUUGGGUGCGUCGGGGACCUACAGGAGUUAUUCUUAGUACGAUGAGUGAUGGAUUUGAGAUUGGUAAACUGGUAGCCGAUGACCUUAAUAGUGCUGACAUAGACAUAUCAAAUGAAACGGUCAAAGGAAAAGAUAAAGUUCUUGAUGAUCUUGAUAAAGAUGGUGUUGUACCAGUGAUGUUUGCAGACUGGGAAAGGAUAGAUGAAUUGGAAAAAACAAGAGGAGUAUCAAUUGGGAAACCAAGAGAGAAAUUCACAACUGUGGAAGAUAUGCUGGAGGCAGCUUUUGAUUGAUUGUGUGGGAAACCUAUGUUUUAAUAUGGUCUGCUUGAAAAUCUUCACCUGAACUUGAAAAUUAGUAUAUGUACUUUUAUAUCGAUGUUUAUCAAUAUUUUAUGGUAGAAAAUAAAAUUGAAUUUGUGUAA